AUGCCGAGAAAAAGAACUCAGCUUUCUCGGCAGACUGCUACUGCAAAGCGGCUGCGAGUUUUGCGCAGCAAUGAAACUGAGGAUGAAAAUAUGCACAGGUUGGCUACACAACGAGCAAUUACUGGACAAAACCGUGCAAGGGAAUCGAGUGCUGAUCGUUCUCAACGUUUGGCUUCACAGAAUGCCCGAACUAUGGCUAACCGCGAUCGGGAAUCGAGUGCUGAACGUUCUCAACGUUUGGCCUCACAGAAUGCCCGAACUAUGGCUAACCGCGAUCGGGAAUCGAGUGCUGAACGUUCUCAACGUUUGGCCACACAGAAUGCCCGAACAUUGGCUAACCGCAAUCGGGAAUCCAGUGCUGAACGUUCUCAACGUUUGGCCUCACAGAAUUCCCGAACUUUGGCUAACCGUGAUCGGGAAUCAAGCACUGAACGAUCCCAACGAUUAGCACAGCAAAAUGCCCGAUCAACUAGGAAUAGAACUCGCAGACAACAUAAUUUAUUAAAUGCUGCUUUUGCUUAUGAUUGUACCGUUGACUAUUCUGAGCUAAAUGAUAUUGAUAUUGGUAGAAUGGAUAAAAUAUGCAACUUAUGCCAAGCAAAAAAAUGGGCAGCUGAAACUCCUGGACUGUGUUGUAGUGGUGGUAAAGUAAAUAUACCUAUAAUUCCGGAACCAACAUCCGUUUUAAAGGAACUGAUAUCAGGCUCACAUCCUUUAUCUAAGCAUUUCUUAAACCACUCAAGACAAUAUAAUACAUUAUUUCAGAUGACUUCAUUUGGUGCCAAAGAAAUUCGUGAGGGAAACUUUAUGCCCACUUUUAAAGUCCAAGGGCAAGUUUAUCAUUUAAUCGGUGACUUACUUCCAGCUGUAGGGGCACAACCCGAAUUCCUGCAAAUAUAUUUUGUUUCCCAUGCAGAUCAGGUAUCCUUGCGCUCAAAUUUAAACCCAAGCUUGCAAAUCGAUCUUAUCGAUGUUCUCCAAUCAUAUCUUCAUGAUCAUAAUACGUAUAUUCAAAGUUUUAAGUACAAUCUAGAAAAUAGACCACCGAAUGAUUUAAAACUUAUCAUUCAUGCUGAUGUAAAACCUAAUAAUGAGCAUAGAGGUCGGUAUAAUGCGCCAGUAGUAGAUGAAGUAGCUGUUCUUAUGAUAGAUGAAGACAAAGGUCCUCGUGAUAUUGUAUUGACUGCGAGAGAUGGUCGACUUCAACGAGUUUCUGAAAUUCAUAGAUCUUAUGACCCGCUUCAAUAUCCCUUACUGUUUCCCUUUGGAAACGACGGAUACUGUAUUAAUAUUCCACAGCAGAAUACUACGGCUACAUCUAAAACUGUUUCAUGUAUGCAGUUUUAUGCAUUUAGAUUCAUGGUGAGACUAAAUGACUUUAACAGUAUACAUUAUUUCAAAGGAUUAUUCAACCAAUAUUGUGUUGAUAUGGCGGCAAAAAUGAUCUCUGAGAGGCUAGACUUCAUCAAAAGAAAUCAAAAAAAAUUGAGAGCAGAAGAGUACAUUCAUUUAAGAGAUGCCGUCGUAAAUGAUGGACAUAUAAACGCUUCUAAUAUUGGCCAGCACGUUAUAUUGCCGUCGUCAUUUACAGGAUCCCCCAGAUUCAUGAAUGAAAAAAGUCAAGAUGCCAUGACAUAUGUCAGGAAAUUUGGAAGACCUGACCUCUUCAUUACAUUUACAUGUAACCCCGAAUGGCCAGAAAUAAAAAGUGAGUUAUUGCCCAAUCAACAUUCUUAUGAUAGACAUGAUUUAAUUUCUAGGGUAUUUCAUUUAAAACUCAAGAAAAUGAUAGACCUAUUAACGAAGAAAAAUAUUUUUGGCCCAUCGAAAGCCUUUGUUUACAGUGUAGAAUGGCAAAAAAGAGGUUUACCUCACGCCCACAUUUUAUUGUGGCUGGCUAACAAAGUUCAACCAGAUUCUAUAGAUGCAAUAAUAUCGGCUGAAAUACCUGACAUACAACAAGAUCCGAUUCUUCAUAAUAUUGUUAUAAAAAAUAUGAUACAUGGUCCUUGCGGAUUUCAUAAUCCUUCAUCACCAUGUAUGAAAGAAAACGUUUGUUCUAAAAAGUUCCCUAGGCAUUUUAUUUCGGAAACACAAACGGGGGAUGACGGUUAUCCAACCUACAGACGCAGGUCUCCAGAUAAUGGUGGAAACACAGCUAUAAUUCGUGUAAAAGGUACAGAAAUGAGCGUGGAUAAUCGUUGGGUGGUUCCCUAUAAUCCACUGCUAUCACGAAUUUUCAAUGCACACAUUAACGUUCUGAUCAAGCCACAUUUUCGUUACAAAGUAAUAACGAUGAAGUAG